AACACAGAGGAGAGAGAGAGAGGAAGAGAGAGAGAGAGAGAGAGAGAGAGGGGGAGGAAGCAGAGGGAGAACACUCAGUCUUACACUCAGCAGCAUCAUGGCACCUAUCGGAUUAAAGGCGGUGGUCGGCGAAAAGAUUAUGAAUGAUGUCAUCAAGAAGGUGAAGAAGAAGGGAGAAUGGAAGGCGUUGAUUGUGGACCAGCUGAGCAUGAGGAUGUUGUCGUCCUGCUGCAAGAUGACAGACAUCAUGACAGAAGGCAUCACCAUUGUGGAGGACAUCAACAAGCGACGAGAGCCCCUGCCCAGCCUGGAGGCCAUUUUCCUGAUUACGCCCACUGAAAAGUCCGUCCACACCCUCAUCAGUGACUUCAAAGACCCUCAUUCAGCUAAAUACAAGGCAGCCCAUGUUUUCUUCACUGACUCCUGCCCUGAUCCUCUGUUCAACGAGCUGGUGAAGAGCCGCGCUUCCAAGUCCAUCAAGACUCUGACGGAGAUCAACAUCGCCUUCUUGCCCUACGAGUCUCAGGUGUACUCUCUGGACAACGCAGACGCCUUCCACAGUUUCUACAGCCCCCACAAGACCCAGCUGAAGAACCCGGUGAUGGAGAGGCUGGCGGAGCAGAUCGCCACGCUCUGCGCCACCCUGAAGGAGUACCCUGCCGUCAGAUACCGAGGUGAGUACAAGGACAACUCCACCCUGGCCCAGCUGGUUCAGGACAAACUGGACGCCUACAAGGCUGAUGACCCCACCAUGGGAGAGGGUCCAGAUAAGGCUCGCUCACAGCUGAUCAUCCUGGACAGGGCGUUCGACCCCGUCUCUCCUGUCUUGCAUGAGCUCACCUUCCAGGCCAUGGGCUACGACCUGCUGCCCAUCGAGAACGACGUCUACAAGUACGAUACCAGUGGCAUGGGAGACUCCCGUGAGAAGGAGGUCCUGCUGCAUGAGGACGAUGACCUGUGGGUGAGCCUGAGACACAAACACAUAGCCGAGGUGUCCCAGGAGGUGACACGCCAGCUGAAGGACUUUUCCGCCAGCAAGAGGAUGAACACUGGGGAGAAGACCACAAUGAGGGAUCUGUCCCAGAUGCUGAAGAAGAUGCCUCAGUACCAGAAGGAGCUCAGCAAGUACUCCACCCAUCUGCAGCUGGCUGAGGACUGUAUGAAGCACUACCAGGGAACAGUGGACAAGCUGUGCCGCGUCGAACAGGAUCUGGCUAUGGGCACAGAUGCCGAGGGAGAGAAGAUCAAAGACCCCAUGAGGGCCAUUGUUCCCAUCCUGCUGGACGCCAACGUCAGCACAUAUGACAAGAUCCGCAUCAUCCUGCUCUACAUUUUCCUCAAGAACGGCAUUACGGAGGAGAACCUGAACAAGCUGAUCCAGCAUGCUCAGAUCCCCCCUGAGGACAGUGAGAUCAUCACCAACAUGGCUCACCUGGGCGUCCCCAUCAUCACAGACUCCACCCUCCGCAGAGGAAAGAAGCUGGACAGGAAGGAGCGCGUGAGCGAGCAGACCUAUCAGCUCUCCCGCUGGACACCACUGGUGAAGGACAUCAUGGAGGACACUAUUGAUGAUAAGCUGGACACCAAGCACUACCCCUACAUCUCCACCCGCUCCUCUGCCUCCUUCAGCACCACUGCAGUCAGUGCUCGGUACGGCCACUGGCACAAGAACAAGACACCUGGAGAGUACCGCACCGGGCCACGUGUCAUAGUCUUCAUCAUCGGCGGCGUGUCCUUCAGCGAGAUGCGCUGCGCCUAUGAGGUCACACAGGCCAAUGGGAAGUGGGAGGCCAUCAUUGGUUCCACCCACAUGCUCACCCCCACCAAAUUCUUAUCGGACCUGCAGCACCCCGACUUCCGAGAGUCCACUAGGGUGUCCUUUGAGGACGCAGAGACCUCAGCCGAGUGAGGCAGAGACAGAUUGGGAGGGAGGGAGAGAGAAAUCACACUGAAAAAAGAUCGACCAACAUCUUCACCCCCACCACCCUGCUGGAGCAGCUCAAGGCCAUGAACAAACCAGAUGAGGAAGUGACAAGCUAAAAUCCUCCAAUCACGUCUCUCUCCUCUUUACCUUAUCCCCUGGCUCCCCCCCGUCUUUCCCGCCCUCCCUACCUCCGUAUCCUCCCCCCACAAAUCCUACAUUAACUGUGUAUGCAUCUUGCUUGAGAAGAAAAAAAAAAAGACAUCUUAGAUGAUAAAAAAAAUAUAUGUUGUAUCAAAGAAUAAAGUUGUUGCAAGUAUUCUCAUGUUUUACAAUGGAUGCAACUAAAUGAGCUUAUUUAAAAAGGUUUAAAUAUCAGAACAGAAGGCCAUUUAAAACUGAAAGUACCAAAAUGUAAUAUUGUAUGCUAUGAAACCUGCUAGAAUGCGUAAAAGGUAGACGUUUUCUCUCGUUUGAUCCUUUGGGUUUCCUCCUUGGUGUGAGUUUUACUGGAAGCGGGGGGAGGAGGGAUGCGCAGUUUGAGAGGUUGAUGUUGUAAAAUAUGUCAUAUCAGUAAACAUGCAAUAUAUAUAAAUAAAUCUAUUUGUCAGAGAGGAUUCCCCCCUGCCCAUUUGAGAUGUUCGUAUUCAGUAGCAUGCUUGGACUGUUAAUGUGUUUGUAUAUCCAGUGUGGAUGUUCUGGGAGCAGCAGAGUUAGCAUUUAGCUUUUUUCUGGACAUGAUGAGCUUGAAUACUCUGGCUGAAAACGUUUGUUUUGAGUGUCGAAUAUUACUGUGAAAGGUUCAUCCGUAAACACAGUGGCCAGAUUAUUAGGUACACCUUGCACAAACAAUCGCAAGUGACAAUGACCAUGAAGUAUUUGAUACUCAGAACAUAGAUUUUCAGUGAGGUAUUGGUUUAGUGGACAUUCGAAAGAGAAAGAGCUCUGUAAUAAAGUCAGAACCAUCCCUCCUCCGGCUGCCGAGACUGUAAAGUAUUUACUUGCCACAACCUUUUCCUUUCUCCGGAGAAUCUUCACGUUUUAAUGUCGAAAAGGCCGUUGCUUGCUGAUAUUUAAUGAAUAAUCUUAAAAAGGGCCAGUUGUAUUUCAGUAUUGUAUCCUGUCAGAAUAAGUCUUAUCUUUGGUUAGUAAUGAUGUUUAAUUGGGCCAUGCACUGAGUAGUGUUGUGUAUCUGCCAUAUGUUGCUGUUUUAGCGUCUCACUGUUGACUGGUGAAUAUUUCUGACUGUGAAGUAGUGAUACUUUUCCUUUCUAAAUGCCAAUGUGAAGCCGCCGUGUUCGUGAUGUUUAGCUGUAGCUGUUAGUCGUCAACCGGGAAAAAGAACUGAUAUAUUUUCUUUGUCUGUUUCCUCCUCUGGUGCAAUGUAAAACCCUUCAAUGGUGAAUGGCUUUGCAACAAAAUCCCUUAAAAUCCCCCUUUCACUUUUAUUUCCUCCCUCCCUUCCCUCUUUCCUGGCCAAACAAGUUGUAUAUUGCACUAUAACGCGUUUUCUGUGAUGCAAACGCUUGACUUUGUGUUUAUUUUUUUUCUAUUAUAAUUUGCUGUUGUAUAGGGUUCACUCUGUCAAAUCAAUUGAUUUAUAUCAAAAUUAUUUAUCAGAGAAAAAAUAAUGAUGAUACAUCAGUCUGUCCUCAAACUGUUUAACUUAUUGGGAUUGUAUGUUUGCGAGUGUUGAAGCACAAACAAUACUUUCAUGUGUACCUAAUAUGUACUAAGGCUGUCUAAUAAAUUGGCUUCCAUUAUG